UACACACCAAUAUCAUCAAGCUGCGCCAGGAUUUCACAUUGUGAAGAAAUUGAUCGAAGUUUCUUACAGAAAGAUCGGCACAUUACACGCGACUCUGAUUCGUCUUCUCACAAAGCUUCAACAUAAUGGCGCAAGGUCGACCGCCGAAGCGCGCUUCAGACAAUGCCGCGUUCAGCCCACGCGCCACAACACCAGCUCAGCAAAGAAGUCCGAUCAAGCAGCGCAAGAUGGGGAUAAGCGCGCAUCACAAGCAGGCUCUCAUAGACAAUCUGCAACUGGAGAUUACUGAACGCGCGCGCAGACUCCGAGCGCAGUACAGCCUCCAAGCGCAAGGUCUCCGGUCACGGAUAGAAAUAAGGGUCAACCGAAUCCCAAUGGCUCUGAGGAAGAUGAGAAUGGAGGACCUGGUACUGAAGUACUCUGAGAAGGAGCAGAAGUCCGCGAUGACUGCCCGACCACCUCCUGUGCCGGCAAAGGACAGGCUUGUACGGAAACCGGCCGACAUUCACAGCGCGCUCUCAAAACCAACAACAAGCCUCAAACGAACAAGUGAAGACUUUGGCAAAGAUAAGGAGAACGAAAAUGUAGAGAACCCCAACAAGAGGGUGCGAGCAGCCGAAGGCGGGCAUGUUCGUCCUGCGCAGGUCUUGUCUCCUACCUCCUCCAAUUCGAGGCUCAAGGGCGGCCGCCCUGCUUCACCAGCCAAGUCACAGAUCGCGCGACCCGGAUCACCGCUCAAAGGCACUUCCCGCACAGCUGCAGCAACCAACAUGCUGUCUAACUUUGUGGAAAAGGCCAAGUCGACACGCGCUGGGACACGAAAGGCCACCACUACGUCGAAUACAAGCAGCACUGCUGCACCAGCUGCACAGCCAGCCAAGACACGACGCGCCGCGCCCGCAGCAGCCAAACCUCCAACUUCGCGGCCUGCAACACGCACAGGCCGACGUGCUAGUGCCACAAGUGAAGCUAGUGAUGGCAGCAAUUCGACAGUGGUCAGGAAGGGAGCGGCUCCUCGGGGCGCGCCCCCAAAGAAAACAUUGGGGAGCUUUACGAAAGGAACUGCGAGCGGGGAUGCCAAAAAGACCACAGCGGUAAAGAGCACGCCGAAGACAAGAGCUGGGCGAGUGCUGCGAAACAGAGGGUAGACAUUCAGUCGGAUUUCAGGAUUUGCUCAUUUAGCAGGCGUUGCGUUCUUGAAAUUGGGUAGAGCACCGAUGACACUGCAACAGGGCUUGGCAGGGAGAUCACUCACGGCGCUAGGAACGAGGAACUUGAGAUUGUAUGCACAGCGGUGAAC